UGUGACUAGUUUGGAAUGUGAGGAUGUGACCACAUACUUCCCAGUUUAUGGCUGCCUCUGCUGCUUAGCCGAAGGCCUCGUGAGAGACAGCCCUUACACCGGCAGACAUGCACCACCACAAGCAGCAGGGAGCAGCUGGCAUACACACUCGACACUCUUAUCUGGUGGCUGCACUGUGCUGCAGUCAGACAGCGUGAGGGUGAAAUGGUGGAACCCGAAAAGAAAAAGCGUCGAAGGCUGUGCUCGUUUAAAGAUGAGUGGCUGCAGCUCGCAGAGUAUCGGAACUGGCUUACAAAGGCAAGUGAAGACUCAGGAUAUUGUUCUAUUUGCCGUGUUCAAUUCACGGUUAAGUUUGAUUCUGUAAAAGCUAUUAAGCAUCAUGCGGAGACAAAAGGUCACAGAAUCAAAGUACAAGGACAGGUAUGGUCCAGCACUAGCAAUAAAGUCUCCAUAAAGACGGAUAAUGCUGAAGAACAACACAUAUGCACAGCUGAAUUGCUUUUAAUGUAUCACGGCGUUAAACACCACCACAGCUGCCGUUCUCAAGACUGUGGAAAUAAACUGUACCCCUCCAUUUUCCCUGACUCCAAGAUAGUGUCCAGAAUUCACUGCGGAAUGACAAAAGCAGCAGCUUUGAUUGAGAACGUUUUAGCCCCUCAUUCAUUGAAACUGGCUGUGCAAGACAUUGGAUCAACACCUUUUGCAAUAGUGACAGAUGCGGCUAAUACAGGGAACACAAUAUUAUUCCCAGUUGCCGUCUGCUACUUUAAUAAAGAUAAGGGAAUCUGUAUGUCUGUUGUAGACUUUUUUGAGGAUGGAGAGGAAACAUCAGAGGCAAUCGCAAAGAACUUAAGAAGUUGUCUUCAAAAUUCCAGUCUGAUACGGAAUAAAAUUGUGGCGUAUGGAGCAGUCAAUUUUGGAGAAAACAAGUCUGUUUUUCUGCACCUAAAACAAAUGUUGGAUUUACUAAACCUUGUGCCAGGGUAUUGCAGUGCUCACAUAGUGCACAAUACAGCAAAACAUGGCUUGGAAAUGCUCUCUUACGAUGUAGAAUACUUUGUCAUCAAGGUCUUCAGUGAAUUCUCAUCCAGUGCAAAGAAUAUCAGUGAACUUGAAGAAUUCUGUGACUUUGUGGAGACAGAAUAUUCAGAAAUCUUACACCAGCUCCCUAAACGUUUUCUGACCCUUUUCACUGCCGUAGACAGGUUACUGAAGAAUUGGCCAGCACUCAAAUCUUACUUUGUGAAUAAAGGCAAGGAAGAUGUGAGCUGCACAAUAUGGGCCUUUCUUGCUGAGCAAGAGGACAGUUUCCAAUGAUGAAACUAUUACGCUUCCAGAACUGUACAUCUACUUUGUGCACAACAUUCUAAGCCAAUUUAACAACACAAUAAAGGUUCUUGAGAGUGAUUACAUUCAGGUCACUGAACUGUAUGCCACAUUCAACAAGCUGAGAAGAGAGAUUCAGAAUCGACAAGAGAAAGGCUUCUAUGGGUACAAAGUGACACAGUUCUUGAAGAAGCUACCACUUA